AUGGCUACAAUUAAACAAGUUAUUAAUGAAGCAGUUGAAAGAGUACGAAUGCCAACUCCUAUGAGAUUAAGAGAUCUUAUUAGACAAAUACGUGCUGCUAGAACAGCUGCCGAAGAACGAUCUGUUAUUAACAAAGAAUGUGCUUACAUUCGAUCAACAUUUAGAGAAGAAGACAGUAUUUGGAGAUGUAGAAAUAUUGCCAAAUUGCUUUAUAUACAUAUGUUAGGGUAUCCAGCUCAUUUUGGACAAUUGGAAUGUCUUAAACUCAUUGCUUCUCCUCGAUUUACAGAUAAAAGAAUUGGGUAUUUAGGUGCAAUGUUGCUUUUAGACGAGAGGCAAGAUGUUCAUCUUCUCAUAACAAAUUGUUUAAAAAAUUCAACUCAGUUUGUUGUUGGACUUGCAUUAUGCACAUUAGGAGCCAUUGCAUCACCUGAAAUGUCAAGAGAUUUGGCUGCAGAGGUAGAAAGAUUGAUCAAAUCUCCAAACACAUAUAUAAAAAAGAAAGCAGCAUUAUGUGCUUAUAGGAUCGUAAAAAAAGUUCCCGAAUUAAUGGAAAUGUUUCUUCCCGCCACGAGAUCUUUGUUAUCGGAAAAAAAUCACGGAGUAUUGAUAACGGGUGUCACGCUUGUCACGGAAAUGUGCGAACAUAGUCCAGACACUCUACAACAUUUUAAAAAGAUCGUACCAAAUCUAGUCAGAAUAUUAAAAAAUCUUAUAUUGGCUGGAUAUUCUCCGGAGCACGAUGUCUCCGGCGUUAGUGAUCCUUUUCUUCAAGUUAAAAUCCUUCGCCUUCUUCGUAUUUUGGGUAAAAACGAUGCGGAAGCAUCCGAAACAAUGAACGAUAUAUUGGCUCAAGUGGCUACCAAUACGGAAACGAGCAAAAACGUAGGAAAUACUAUUUUAUAUGAAACUGUAUUAUCAAUAAUGGACAUUAAAUCCGAAUCCGGUUUAAGAGUUCUCGCAAUAAAUAUUUUGGGUCGUUUCCUUUUAAAUAACGAUAAAAAUAUUAGGUACGUUGCCCUAAACACGCUACUUAAAACGGUUUAUUUAGACACAAGUGCUGUUCAAAGACAUCGAUCUACCAUAUUGGAAUGUUUGAAAGACCCGGACGUAUCGAUACGUAGGCGAGCCAUGGAACUCAGUUUUGCUCUGAUUAAUAGUAACAAUAUACGAGCCAUGGUUAAAGAGUUAAUUACGUUUUUAGAAAGAGCCGAACCUGAAUUUAAAGCUCAAUGUUCCUCCAACAUUGUUUUAUCCGCGGAAAGAUUUGCUCCCGACAAAAGGUGGCAUUUAGAUACUUUACUUAAAGUUCUCGUUGCCGCGGGUAACUACGUGAGAGAUGAUGUCGUUUCUUGCACUAUUCAAUUGAUUUCGGAGAGCACCGCUCAUCAAACGUAUAUGGUGGGCCAAUUGUGGCAGGCAUUGGAAAGAGAUACCGCAGACAGGCAACCUCUUACUCAGAUAGCAACUUGGUGCAUUGGAGAAUACGGUGACUUAUUGCUAUACAGUCAACCUGGAGGAGAUGAGGAAAAAUCUAUUAAUGUUACGGAAGAUGAUAUUAUCGACGUAUAUCAGAAACUUUUAUGGUCUCAACAAAACACGGUAACGACGAAACAAUACACUUUACUUUCACUUACAAAACUUAGCACAAGGUUUCAAAAAGCUACAGAUAAAAUUAGGCAAAUUAUAGAUACUUUUGGUUGCCAUCUUAACGUUGAAUUACAACAAAGAGGAGUUGAAUUUUCACAAUUAUUUAAAAAAUACGAGCACCUCCGUCCAGCGCUUUUAGAAAGAAUGCCCCCCAUGGAAGUUUCAAGACCCAUUAACGAUAAUGGACCCCCGAUAACUAAUGGGGAUGUCGAAGAAGAAGAUCUUAGCAAUAGCGGAUUAGACGAUCAUUCUCCCGUUCAACAUCAAGAUUCGAACACUCUAUUGGAUUUACUUGGUGGUAGCGACGAUGAUGUUAUAGAGCCAUAUAAACCAGAACCUACGAAGCACAAUAUAAGUAGUAAUCAAGAUCUUCUCGAUCUUUUGGGAGGGUUAGACGUAAGCAAUACGGAAAAAAGCUCACCGGUCACCGGUCAACCUAAUUCGCAAGUCAUUAAUUAUAAUAAUAAUGUUAUGCAUAUGAAUUCGUCAAAUAUUUUAAUGGACGGAUUGUUUAACACGAUUCCAAAUCCGACGUUAACGGCUUACGAUAAAAACGGUCUUAAAAUUGUAUUUAAUUUAGAAAGACCAAAUGAUAGUCCGGAUACAACCGUCGUAUCAAUGGUAGCAACAAAUUCAACUUCAUCAAAUUUCACGGAAUUUCUUUUUCAAUUGCAAAUGAUGACACCAUCGGGAACAACAAUAGCUCCAUUAGGACAACUAACUCAAGUUCUUAGGCUUAUUAAUCCAACAAAGGUAGCUCUUCGUAUGAGAAUUCGAAUAUCUUACGUGAGCGAAGGAAACACAAUACAAGAUCAAACGGAAGUUAAUAAUUUUCCUGUUGAAAGUUGGCAAUGA